AUGAAUUUGGCACCACCGCCCAUCGAGAGACCUCCGAGGGCGCCAGGGACGCAAAGACCCCAUCCGCACAUACAGGGCUUGCCUGGUGAACUCCGAGCAGCCCGGGCCCACGCGACGUCCCUGGAGUUAGCGCAGGUCCAGGAGCGUGGCUAUCCAUCCCUGCGAGGCUCGGAUGGCUCCGAUCGCGCCGGGGAGGCCAGGCCCAUUUCGGGUGCCACAUCGCCCAGCCUCGUGGUGUCCUUGCCAUCCUCCUCCGCCUCGACGCGCACGCCGUCGCCCGGAAGCUUGGGUGCAGCGAGCAGCCGGCGAUGGAGCGGCGCUGAGAUGCAGGUAGCUCCGCCCGUGCGUUGGAAAUGGCAGCCACGUGAUGCAGACAGGCAGCUCCGCGACCGUGGCGAAGGCGCGGCCCAUUUGCGUGGCCGGCGCGCCAAUCUGGCGCGAAUCCGUGAAAUCCAAGGCCUGAGCCGUCAGAAUUCGUCAUAA